AUGCAUGGUCUCUGGAAAGACCAUUUAGAAGCGCAAUCUUUUUUGAGCAGCGCGGGGCUCUGGGCAGGGACCCGCUGGGCGCGCGGUGGGCGCCCGCCUCCGUCCCCCGCGCUCCGGACACGCCUACCCCGCCCCCGGCCCUCCGCGCAGGCGAAGGCCUGGCACCGAGGGCUGGUCCCGCAGGGCUGGCAGGUCCCUGAGCCAGGAGCAGGUGAUACGGCUCGGCGCCCCUGCCCACGGUCAGGCAGUGUUCCCCUAAGCGCCUGGAACUGCGGGCACUGGCGGGAGGUCCGGGCCGCGGAAGGCGUUCCCACACCGGCCAGUCUCCGUCCACCAGGAAGCCGACUUCUCGUACCUCCCCGGGGACCGAAAACCGCCGGUGCCGCCGCACCCGUCGUCGCCGCCGCUUGCUCAUGGAGAGCCCGUGCUGCCGCCGCCGCCUCAUCUACUAGCACCGCCCGCUGUCUGGGCCUCCCCGGCGUGAGUGCUGGGCUCUGGCACGGCCUCCAUCGCACCCGCCGCGGAGGGAGCCACAGCAGCUCCAGCGCCCAGGCCGGAUCCGACCGGACCCACGGAGCCAGGACCGCAGGACGCGGAGCUUCUUAUUACGGAGGAAGAUUCGGCCUGACCUCGGCCCCCCUCCCCCCAGCCCCUAGUUCCCAGCCGCCUGACCGCGCUGCUGCGCAGGCGCGAAGACGCCCUCGCCAAACGUGCGUGUGUCGGUGUCUCCCUGCUUGUUGCCAAGACUCCUUCACUGCCAUAGAUUCAAGCCAACAGAUGAUCCUUCUACUCAAGAAGGGCAGAGCUAGCAGCAGAAGCACUAUCAAUAACGUCACUAACAGCCUGAUCUAGAGGUACACUGUGACCCUGACUUCAAAGACCAGGUCAG